UCUCUGGAUCUGUCUCGCCGCCGCCUUCUUCCUCUUCCUCCUCCUCUUUGCCUCCCCCUCCGCUCGCGCCGCUGCUUUUCCAUAAACAUCUGGAUCAGGGGAGGGGCUUUUUUCCGCCGCCCCCUCUCUCUCGGAGGGGCUCUGGGCAAUUGGCAACAUCUGAAUGGCUCCGGGGAGAGGAGAGCGCGAGUAGAAGUUUAGGUUUCACAGUGAUAGAAGAACGUUUUAGGUUUAAACCAUGCCUGUCCCCCCUCCUCCGGCUCCUCCCCCUCCCCCAACACUUGCCGUGGCAAAUACAGAAAAGCCUAGCUUAAACAGAUCAGAGCAAGCAGGGCGAAAUGCUCUUCUCUCCGAUAUUACCAAAGGGAAAAAACUCAAGAAGGCCGUUACCAAUGACCGGAGUGCCCCAGUCUUCGAAAAACCUAAAGGGUCUGGUGGUGGAGGUGGCUUCACGAGCAGUAGCAGCAGCGGUGGUGGCGGAGGUGGCGGCAGCUAUGGUGGAGGAGGACCGCCUGGUUUAGGAGGUCUGUUCCAGGCGGGGAUGCCCAAACUCCGAUCUGCAAACAGGGAUAACGAUUCUCCAGGAAGCAGGGCUCCAGUGUUCCCACCGGGAGGAAAAGCAACAUCUGCAAAGCCCUUUUCACUCCCAGGUGGCGCAGGGAGGUUUGCAAGCCCUUCUCCCGGGCAAAGAACUGCCGUUCCGGAGCCACAGAGGAGCCGAAUGCCUCCACCGAGACCUGACCCUGGUUCCAGGGCCGAUAUGGGUGCUCCUCCCGUGCCAAAUACUCCAAGACCUGUCCCAUCAACGCUGUACAACAGAGGACCCCCUCCUGUGCCGGGAGCCAGCAGGCAAGUCAGCUUAGGCCUCACACCUCCGCCUUUCCCUGGAAAUAGAUUCGGAGGGUCCCUCCGUCAGUCGUCGCAAGGGAGUAUUCCAUCUCCUUUCACAAACAGGCCUCCUCUUCCUCCGGCCCCAGGCAGGCCGACAGAAGACAAGCCUCCGCCGCCGCCACCCCCAGCAGGAAGCAGGCCACCUCUCAACCGGGAAGCUUCCUUGCCACCGCCUCCUCCACCUCAAAACAACAGGCCUCCGGUUCCUUCCACGCCUCGGCCAUCCUUUGGCUCUCAGGUCCCUCCUCCGCCACCUCCAAGCAGGCCAGGCCCGCCUCUGGUUCCACCGACAUCUGGCGGAAAUGAUGAGAUGCCGCGGCUUCCUCAGAGGAAUAUAUCGCUAGCAUCUCCUUCUCCGCCGAGCCUGCCUGGCUCUUGCCGCUCUGGACCUCUUCCUCCGCCACCAGGCGAGAGGCCACCACCUCCUGUCAGAGACCCGCCCAGCAGAUCAGGACCCCUUCCUCCACCUCCGCCGCCAAUAAGCAGAAAUGGUAGCACUUCACGGGCAUUGCCUGCUACCCCACAGCUACCUUCCAGAGGCGGGCUUGAUAAACACAGAGGCGGACCACUUCCUCCUCCACUUCCUCCUGACAGGCCUGCUUCUGGAGCGCCUCCCCCGCCACCUCCACCUUCGUCCGCCAUGCGAAAUGGCUUCCAGGAUUCUCCAUGCGAUGAUGAGUGGGAAAGCAGAUUUUCCUUCCAUCCUAUGUCUGACCUGCCACCUCCAGAGCCGUAUGUGCCAAUGAACAAAAGCUACCCCAGUAAACUAGCAAGGAAUGACAACAGAAGUGGAUCCAGCCGUAGAGAAAGAGGUGCUCCACCGCUUCCACCUAUUCCAAGAUCAGAAUCCACAUGCUGCGUUUUCAGAAGCACUGAAUGAAUAUGGAUAUUUACACGUAUGUCAGCACAAAGAAUCUCUCUUCUUCA